AAGCCUCACUCAUAAUUCAUUGAGCUGAGAGUUUAUUCAAAUCAUUCAUCCUAAGCAUUUCCUUUUUCUUUCAAAUGGCGUCCAACUCUUCCAGCUCUUCCAACGUUUCCAACUUUCUUCCGAUUAAACUUGACCCUACCAAUUACCCUCUCUGGCAAGCCCAGAUGCUUACCUUGCUUCGUAGCAGGAAUCUCGUCUCCUUUGUUGAUGGCACUAGCAAAUGUCCUCCUGCCUUUCUCAAAGAUGAUGAGGGCAUUUUUACUGAUACUGUGAAUCCGGAGUUUGAAGCAUGGAUUCAACAAGAUAAUAUGGUUUUGUCCUGGAUCAAGAGCUCUGUUCAUCCCACUGUGUUGGAUGCCGUAAUCUGGAAAACCAGUUCUCAUUCUGCGUGGACCUGUCUGCGCGAAAGCUAUGAUUUGCAGCCCACUGGCCGUCUUCUUCAACUUCGCAGUGAGCUGAUGAACACCCACCGUGGCGACUCCUCCAUUUCUGAGUUUCUCAGUCGUGUCAGUUCCCUUGCUGACGGCCUCUCCUUAUCUGGUGCUCCUGUUUCUGACUCAGACAUUGCUGCCAUUGUUCUCAACAAUGUUGGCCCUGCAUGUGAAAGCACCGUGGCUUCUGCUCAGGAUCGUGAUGGGGCCAUAUCUCACAGUGCUUCAGAGGCCCUUCUGCUCACUGCUGAGCGGAAACAAAGGAUGCAUACUGUCUUCUCUGCUGAUACUAGACCCACUGCUCCCACUGCUGCUCGUGGCCGUCGUCCUGGCACCUUACGCGGUCGUGGCAAAGGCUAUAGAGGCAUAAGUGCUAGUUCAGGAAUGCCUCACUUUCCACCACACAAGUGGCACUCGAAGGAAUCGGAGAGGCCAUUGCCGACUUCAGAGCUACUUGCUCAACGAUUCAAGAAAAACUUAUAUGUCAAGCCAUAUAACAAGUCUAAUGUGGAUUGGACUGGAAGAAUAGCUUAUGCAGACCAUUCUACAUAUAGAUGGUGCGCUGUUGCUUUGCCUGACGAGAACCAAUUUCCACCUUCUGUCAAUCUUAAGCCCAUUUGUUUGGAGUCCACUGAGCCGAAGGUUGAAGAAAAUCGUCUAGCUUUAAUCAACACUAGUCUAGAUGAAGAAGGCGGUGAGUUGGAAUGGAAUUGGCUAAGGAGCCCUGCGGUAUCUAUAGCAGAAAAUGUGCUGGAAGACUUGAUUUCUUCUUUUAAACACAUGAGGAAUGAAAUGAAGUGCGGAAAGCCCACUUUGAUUGCUAGAGUGGGGAAAGUACUUUUUCGUAGGAGCCCUUUAGUUAACAUGGAAGACAUCAGAACAAAUUUGUGUACUGAAAUCUUGAAACAGUGGAGACGAUCAUUGUACACAAACAUUCCUGUUUCAUAUAAGGAAAGGAUUGUGAACGAAGUUGUCCCGAAAAUUGGAGUUGAUUUCGAAGGGGAGAAAGAUACAUACCAAGUAAAGUUGUCUGAUUCCACCAGACCAGAUGCAACUCUCUCCUGCAAAUGCCGUGUAAUGAAAGAACAUGGAAAGUUACAACCCUACAAGAUUGAACUGAAUCAACUGCGUAACAUGGUCGUGGAUAUUUCAUGCACUACCAAAAAUCUGGACCUGAGACUGAUGCUAUGCACGAAGAGACUCGUCACAGAUCUGACUGACGAUGAGAUGCAAAGCAUUUGGGAUCUGAUUAAUUCCGCGAUUCUAGAUCCAGAUGUGAAGGGCGGGUUGAGAUGGCCUUCGGGAAAGGAUUCUUCCGGAGAUAAAUACAAAGUUGAUGGGGUUUGGCACUUGAUAGCUAAUACGUAUAAAAAUUCAUCGUUCAGACUGAAAGUCAGACAUGCGGAUCGAUUUGAUUUUAGAACCCUAUCUGGGGAAGCUACUUGGGAGACAAGUCUGAUGUUGAAAAAGGUCCUGUCAAAGUUGGAGGAAGAGAAUGCCGAAGCCAGCUCGGUUUCUGAGAUACUGAAGGAAGACAUGCAUCUGAUAUGGGACAACUUCUUGAGCUGUGAACGUUUCCUGACAUGAAAAUGCAUGUUGUAAAUCAGGGAUUUGCUUUGUUUAAUUAGGUGUUUGUGAUUUCAGGAUGUUAAACCUUUGUAGUCGUAGUUAAGUGCUUAUUGGGAGAGUGAUUUGCUUGCUUAAUCUAGGUGUUUGCGAUAUGAGGAUGUUAACUUUUGCUUGAGUAUGUAUUAUUUUAGGAGGUUCUACCCAAAGUACAAUUGAUAAUUGGUGGAGUGUCUAUUUACUCUUGAGGUUCUACAA